AUGACGACUGCCGCAAUUUUCGACACCGCUUUCGACACUCUCCCCGACAAAACCCAAGUAUGGAUCGGCGAGCCAGGCAGUCUUGAAGAAGGGCUAGGCAGACUUGCCAUCCUCACUCCUGAAGUGGUCGCAAACGCAGCCUCGGAAAUCCGCUCAGGCAGGCGUAUCGCACUCAACUGGGAUCUCCAAAAGCCGGAGCAUCCCGGUUUCGGAAGGAAGCCGUGUGAGCACAAGAUUUUCCCAGUUUACGGUGGUGCAUUCUUCGACGAUGAGUACAAAUUCAAUCCGCAACAAGGUAGUCAAUGGGACGGCCUCCGGCACAUGCCGAAGCCCGUCACUGGUACAGACGGGAAGCGAAACGAAGAUCGUGUUUUUUAUGGGGGUGCCACGAUUGAUGAGAUUCUCGACCGCAGCAACGACCGUAUCGGCAUACAGCAUUGGGCGAAAGAAGGAAUAGCUGGUCGAGGCGUGCUCAUCGACUAUGCUUCUUGGGCUGAGAAGAAGGGCAUCAAGUACUCGGCAUUCUCCAGUCACGAAGUCAAGCUUCGCGAUAUCAAGGAGAUCGCUAAAGAAUGCAACAUCACAUUUCAGAAGGGAGAUAUCCUCUUUGUCCGCAUCGGGCUAACCAGCGAGUGGGAUACUACCAUGUCCGAAGAGCAGAAGAUCGCGUUUAGCAGUGCUGCUAUGCCCCACCAAUGUGGUGUCGAGGCUACAGAAGAUGUUCUCCGCUUCAUUUGGGAUGAAAAAAUCGCGGCUGUCGCUGGCGAUGCAAUGGGCUGGGAGGUUAUGCCGCCUAAGGAUCUGAAAAUGAUCUUACAUCACUACUUUCUGGCUGGGUGGGGAAUGCCCAUUGGGGAGAUGUUUGACCUGGAGGAUUUGAGUCGCAUUUGUCAGGAGGAAGGUCGGUGGACCUUUUUUGUGACGAGCAGUCCGCUGAAUAUGAGGGGCGGUGUAUCGACGCCGCCUAAUUGUAUGGCGAUCUUCUAA